AUGACCGGUUUAGAACAAGCUUAUACUUUUAUAGAUGAGGCAGAAGCUUUUGUUUUAAAGAAAGAUUUUCAAAGUGCCAUAGAGAAAUAUGAAUCCGCUAAAAAAGAUAUAUCAAAUUUUUUAUUAACACAGAAAUCAAGUAAGACCAACUAUAAGAUUCAAAAUACAUAUGACGAAACUAUUGUUGAUAAUGACCUAGAAAGUGCCAUAGAGAUUUUAAAUGAUCAAGUAACUCAAAGAAUCAAUAGAUUAACUAAAUACAAUCAAGUAAAUUGUAUUAAAGUUUCCAAUAAUAAUACCAUUUUAAAAAACUCCCAAAAAGAUAUAUCCGGGAAAAUCGUAAUAUUAAAUGAUUCUAUUUUAGAAACCAUGGUUAAUGAUUUGGAGUUUAACUUACUUGCUCACUUUAAAAACUCAGAUGGUUUAAUAAAAAACGAAGUUAACCAAUUCAAACUAAAACUAGUCACAUAUGAAAACAAAAUCAAUACAGAAAAAAAUAAACAAUUUAAAGAAUUAAUCGAAGCCAAUAAAAAUCUAAGAGAACAAGUUGAAAAAUUGAAUAAUAGAUGGGAAAAUCUAGUGGCUAGUGCAAGACAGAAGAGAAGAUCAUCUACUGUACAAUGA